GCAGCGCCGUGCGGGCGGCGGGGACGCGUUUUGCGGGGAGCAGAACGCGGAAGCGGCCGUGCGAGGAGCGGCGCCCCGCCGCCGCCGCCGCCAUGUCCUCCGACUUCGAGAGCUACGAGCAGGACUUCGCCGUGCUGACGGCCGACAUCACGGGCCGCAUCGGCAAGGUGCCCAAGCUGCUCGGAGAUGAGAAGAAGCAGAUGGUUGCAAAUGUCGAGAAACAGCUUGAAGAAGCAAGGGAACUGCUUGAGCAGAUGGAGCUUGAAGUUCGAGAGAUUCCACCUCAAAGUCGGGGAAUGUACAGCAGUCGAAUGAGAAGCUACAAACAAGAAAUGGGAAAACUUGAAGCUGAUUUCAAAAGGUCACGGAUCGCCUACAGUGAUGAGGUGCGGAAUGAGCUCCUAGGGGAUGACGGGAAUUCCUCAGAGAACCAGAGGGCACAUCUGCUCGAUAACACAGAGAGGCUGGAAAGGUCAUCUCGGAGACUAGAGGCUGGAUACCAAAUAGCAGUGGAAACCGAACAGAUUGGACAGGAGAUGCUGGAAAACCUCAGCCAUGACAGAGAGAAGAUCCAGCGUGCUCGGGAAAGGCUUAGAGAAACAGAUGCAAACCUGGGGAAGAGCUCCAGGAUUUUGACAGGGAUGUUGAGAAGGUAAGGCCAAGGAUCAUCCAAAACCGAAUUUUGAUCGUUGUUCUGGCACUCUUCAUCAUCCUCACCACCGCGAUGGCUAUUUAUUUUUCUGUCAAGAGACGCUGAUAUCUUUGUUCUUCACUAAGCAGCAACAAACUGCUUGUUCUGAGUAAUUAAGACAAAGUGGUCACAUGAAUCAUUCUCUUGCACUGACAGAGUCUCCCUCUCUUUUCCACUAUUCAACUCAGGUGCAAGUGGUGUAAAAUAUUUUGUAUUAUUGAUGGCAUAGCUGAUGGUAUGUGGGGAUGAUUAUUUUUCUUAUAUUUUUUGUCUUUAUCUGAGUGUUUCUGGAAUCUUAAUAUUUGUUUGGGGGAGGGCUUGCUCUGGUGUAGAAAGACCUAGUGUGUGUCCAAUUCUACCCCAGACAAUUAGUAUGUAAGUUCGAAGAGUUUAGAAAGGUAAAAGUGGUCUUUGCACUUUUCUUGUGCUAUACAGGGUGUAUGAAUAUCAAGCAGUAUCUGACCUUAUGUGAUAUAGAAUACGAGUAAAGCACAGACCAAUGAUGUAGGAAGUGAACCUGUCUCCUGUGACUAACUCCUGAUCAUGAAUCAUGGUAAUAGAGGUAAGCAGGUUAAGAACAGCAGGUAGUUUUUAAAAGAGAGCAACCUUUAGAUGAUGUUUAAUAUCUCCUGUGAAUCCAAAACAUUAUUUAACUUUUUAUUUUUUUUUAAUUUAAUCUUUCUUUUCUGCUUAUUCAAAACACUUCCAUCAAGAUUAUGAUAAAGCAUCAUUUGCCCAAAAAGAUAGUUGUGGCCACAGUCCAUCUCUUGAAUCAGUUUCAAAUCUUCCAAUGUUGAUAUAAGUACUGAUAAGUGUAUACACUAGAUCUUUAUUAAAGGUGUACAAAGGUACUUACCUAUUCAUUGCUGAUUGAACAGAGAUCCUAAAUAAUAGUUUAGUGGCAAGCACUUGACUACCAUUAAACAAAAAUCUAGAUUUUGCAUAUUGGCCUAUGUUGACACCAUGUGUUGAAAAUAUUUUUAGUGUAUUCAAUUCUGAUGUGAUGUUCCCCCUUUUAAACAGAAACUGUAAAAAUGUUAAUUUAUACAAGCUUUUAGGUCAUACAAUAUAUCAGAAUUUCAUCUUCUAGGCUACCUGCGUGUAAAUGAGCUGUGUUUCUCUUUUCCUGUGGGCCGUACCUCUCUUAUAGAUAUGUGUGGGUUAUUUGGCUUAUAAUUAAGCUUAUAGCUCCAGCAAGGGUCAUUUUCUGGUGUUGUAGUAAAGUAAUUUUCAUGAUAACUUUUCAACUCGUUGUAUGUAAUCCCUUACAAAUACUACAAUUUGAGAGGGAUUUUAUGCCCUUGAACUUAAGCUCUAAAAUGCUUUCAUGAAACAAAAAGCUGACAGCUUUCAAACUCCCUCAAAAUUAAGCAGGAACUAAGCACCAAAUUUUCAUGUGUGCCUUAGAUCUGUUGGGGUUUCAGCAUCCCUGAGGUCUCUGCCAACUUGCUAUGCUGUCUCUGGAAGUUGAUUUUGGGAUAAAAACCUGGGAGUUGAUUUUGGCCCUACAUGUGGCCCAUCUCUUUCUACGUGGAAAUUAAUAACCCAGCUACAAGGACGUUGCUAUUGAUAUUAUAGCUAAGACCUGGAAACAUGGUGAUAAAUGCAGAAUAAAAGGAUCCAGAAGAAAAAUGGUACUCACUAAAACAAGUUGAAGCAUGUAUGGUCAGCUGUGGGUUUUGAGUUUCAUGCAACUUGUGCCUAAGUUCAAAAGCAGUUUCUACACCAGGUUUCUCCUCCUGCUCAUGUCAAUGGCUGUAGGGUUGGGCUGGUACCAAAGUUCCUGGGUAAUACAAAAACCACGUUUUUGGGAGGUGCUGCUCUGUACAGCACUGCUUGAUCAUGUUCAGCUACUUACCUCGACAGCCCAGCACUGCGGCAAGGCAAUGGGACCCCCUCGCCACCUGCAAGUCUCUGUUGAGGCACCCUCUCCUUUCAUACUUGCAAGAUGUGUGGUAGGUAUCACAGGGCUCUCAAACACGGAAAGAUUUGGGUGUUCGUUGCAUAGCGUGGAGGCUGGCUGACCUUUACUCGCAACAUGCAUUCAAAUUAAGCAUUUAGGGUUGUGUAAGCGGAACCCUGGCCGUUAGCUUGAAGCGGUGGCACUGAGCUGAGUUCAGGCAAAUUAGGGAGAAGUCUGGCAGUGUUAGAAGGUAUUUAUCCUCUCCUAAGCAAAUUAGGAGAUGCAUAUUUUGUAAGGCAGAAAACCGUCAAGAAGGGAACCUAAAGCUCUGUCUGUUGCCUAGACAUUUUCAGUGUUGCCUCAAUAAUUUAACUAUCAUGGGGAUUGAUUCAUGACUACUGAUCUUAACAGUGACCUAUGACUAGGUUUUGCCCUCUAUCUAGCCACCUGCUGGAAUCAGCAAAAAGCUGAAAGGAAGCUAGUUUUCCUUAUCCCAGUAUAAAUCUAGGGCAUAGUGUCACAUCAGAUACAUCCACUCAGAUGGGAAUGAGGGAGAGAGAGAGACUGCCACACGAAGCCUUCAUCUUCACUUUUGAUGAACCUGCUAUUGCUAUGUUUCUCAUGCCCGUUUCUCAACCCGUUAAUAACUUCUCUGUGCCUGCUUUGCAUGCUCACGUACUCCCCACGUGUAAAAUAGUGCUCGAGUGGAAGUUGUGCUCUUCAAAACGCACCAUGGCUGCUCUCCAUCCCGUUUCCCUCGAGCUCGAGAAGCAUACAGGUGAGAUACACCAGGUGUACUCGUUUGGUUGGGGAUGGAGUGACUUGGAUGCGGAGUGCAGCCCCAGCCAGCUCGGCAAUGUGCUGGGGCUGUACAGCAUGAGAAGAGAAAUACCCACAGGUAGGGUGACAAGCCCCGGGUUCAGCCUUCCGCCGAACUGGUGUUGUCACAUCUGUAGUGCAUCUGUGAAUAAAUCCAAGUACUUACAAGUGUAUACCUCAAAGAGUGAAAUGUUUCUAAUGUCGCCAGCCUUUGUUGAAAAAUGACAAAUCAAAAAAUGCACGCGUGGUGCUGUGUGCGAAAUUUGUCCUUGCUAAACAGCUGCACUUGCAGAAUAAAUAAACUAAUUCUGUGCUGAUACAAAAUCAAAA